GAUACAUAACAAAAAUGGACACUUGCAAGUAUUUUUAAAGUUUUUAAACUUCUUGCAAUAUCAUGGGUUCGCUGAGACUGUCUUCGUGUACAAUUGUCCUUCUGGCUCUCCUGUGGAGUGUGGAUAUAACUCAUGCUCAAACAGCAGCACAUUUUCGGUCGUGGAUAGACAAUCCCCCGUUUAGUACAUACAAUCUGAAGAUUUUUCCACGGAAUUCACAAACAGAAAAAGUUGAAGUAGAUGUUCAGUUUUACCUGGUAGCCAUAACACAAUUAAAUGAACUGAACGGCUACCUCGAUCUCGUGGGGUAUACAGUGUUAACAUGGACCAAUGAACUCAUAAUGUGGAACAGCUCCAUCAACGCAAUGCAAGAGGUGAUAAUGGGGCAAAACAAUUUCUGGAGACCAUCCUUGGUCCUUGCCAACUCUGUAGAGUCCCUCACAGAAAUGGGCGACAAUUCCUACAACAUCCGGAUAAACAAAGAUGGCGUUUGUGAAUGGCAAAUUGGCGUUGUUUCCAAGUCGGCGUGUUCCGUGGACGUGUCCUAUUAUCCUUUCGAUAAACAAUCCUGCAAGAUUUCCUUUACGCCGUGGGGAUACACCGACACACAGGUUCGGCUUAAUACUACCAGCUCCGAGAUGGACACAGCUCUUUUCAUGCCUAACGUUGAAUGGACUCUGACCGGUACCUCCGUGGAGGCACUUUCUUCUGCAUCUGCCUCCUACCUCGACUUCACCAUCAAUCUAGCCAGGAAACCCGGCUAUUUCCUUGUCAACAUGAUUAUCCCAAUCCUUAUUCUCGGCAUGCUCAACGGUCUCGUGUUUCUACUUCCGGCUGACUCAGGUGAACGCGUCGGGUACGCCAUCACAGCAUUUCUCACAUUUGCUGUAUUUUUGACCAUGGUAUCUGACAACCUUCCGAAAUCGUCAGAGCCAAUGUCUCUACUAUGCUUCUUUCUGACGUUGAUGUUGAUCAUGAGCGCUUUAUCGACUGUGAUCACGAUUAUGACACUCCGAGUUUAUCACCAAGAUGACGACAGCCCGGUACCCAUGUGGCUCAAACACGUAGUGGCCUUCAUUACUUGUAGAAAGUGCAAGAAGUGGUGUGGACAAAAACUGGAGGCCAUCGAAGAACCAAAACCUGGCCAGGAGGUCGAGGAGGAAGAAUCGUCAUCAGAUGAGGACUCUGCCGAAGACGAGGACUCUGACGAAGAAGGAAAACGGAAGACAGAGGCGAAGAAACCCAAACCAAACAAUGCCGACAUCAAAGGUAUCUCGUGGAGGGUGGUCGGUGGUACACUGGACGGGUUUUUCUUCUCAUUGUUUGUUUUUGGUACUGUCGUUAUAUCGUGUGUAUUCCUGAUCCCCCUGGCCUUAGCGGCGACCUCCACGGAAACAGACGAGUAGCUCGACUUCCACGGAAACGGACGAGUUCGAUCUCUACGGAAACAGACGAGUAUAUGUUUUAUAUAUUUGGAGGUCAGAUGCGACAGUGUGUAGUAGGGAAAGAAUGGACACUUUCAAUCUAUCAAAGUGUGUCUCUUUUUAUUCGUUUAGGAACGAUUGCUAAAAUGACAAUGAACAGAAAGUGGGUUCUUAACAAAGGAUUAUUUCCUCGCGUAAAGGAAAUCAUGAUAAAGAUUACAGUUUUAGAAUGUGACAGAUGUUUUAUCAAUCAUAAAAUGUAAUGUGAAAUAUGGCCGAACUCAAUAAAUUGUUGUUGUUUAAAGGGAUUUAAUGGUUCGAUUUUCAUCAUAUGACCUAUAAGAAAUUGUACAGCUUUUAAAAGUAAUUAAGGAAUUUAAAACUUAUCACAAACGUAUAUGUUUUUCUUUUACUAUAUAAGCUGAUAAUAAAUUCAUUAC